AUGAAUUUUGAGAAUCAUACCGGCUACGGCCAACCUACGGGUUCUUGGAGAACUUUGAAUCACAACCAAAGAGGAGAUUUUGACCAGAAAGGUCAACGCGGAUUUACUCAGAAUCAACUUGUCCAUCAAAAUAAACAAAAGUCAAACAGAAAGCAGCGUUCUAAUGCUAGAAUGGAAAAUUUUCGAAAAGAAAAAUCUACGCAAAACGCUGAUGCUUUUAUCAAGAAGAGC